AUGGUGGCCCCAGGUGAAAAUCAGAGGGCGGAUUCACCUGUUUUCGGAGCCCCAGCACCCGAGCCUCUAGCUCCACAGCCAAGAGCUGAGGAAAGGGCUAUGCGGGAUGCGGUCCAGCUGUUGACUAGGUUAGUGGCAGGCCAGGAACACAGACGCGGUUUGGGCGGAGAUCAGGUACAGAGGCCUGAUAGUUCGAGGGCUCGUGAGUUUCUGACUUGUAACCCUCCAGAGUUCUUCGGGACAAAGCCCGAAGAGGACCCCCAGGAGUUCAUUAGGGAGAUGCAGCGCACUUUGCGUCUGAUUAAAGCUUCCACGACAGAGUCAGUUGAGUUGGCUUCGUAUAGACUGCAUGAGGUAGCUGCUAACUGGUAUGAGUCCUGGGAGUUGUCCAGGGGUAGACUAGCUUCUCCAGCUAUAUGGGAUGAGUUUACGGAGGCGUUUAUUAGUCAUUUCCUUCCUCCUGAGAUGCGGAGAGCCAGAGUGGACAGAUUUUUACAAUUGAAGCAGCGAGGACGCAGUAUUCGUGAGUAUAGUCUGGAGUUUGACUCAUUGGCCCGACACGCACAUGUAUUGGUAGCUGACAUGACUGACAGGAUGCACAGAUAUGUGAUGGGCCUAGAUCGGUACUUGGUGGAUAGUUGUUUGGUGAUGGCUGCUCAGCCAGGAAUGGACAUCGCCCGUAUUCAGGCAUAUGCUCAGGGCAUGGAGGAAAGACAUAGAGGACACCAGUCUGACCGAUACUUUAGCGGGAGUCAACCCAAGAAGGCCAGAUCAACCGGGUAUUCUGGAGAGCUCCGGGGCAGACCAUACCAGCAACAGAGUAGUGGACAGUCCACCCAACCAACAUGGAGUAUGCCUCCACAGUCCGUAGACCGGAGGUCAGGUGGCACAGGAUAUUCUGCAGUAGGUUCGAGUUUCAAGGUUUCCAGUUCGCAGCUAGACAGAGGAUCUGGUCAGACGAGGCCACCCAGGCCUCAGUGUUCUUAUUGUGGCAAAUACCAUCUAGGGGAGUGCUAUCGUGCUACAGGGGCUUGUUUUUCUUGUGGAAGUCAAAGCCAUAUGAUGAGAGAUUGUCCGUAUAAAGGUGGGUUAGCCAACACAGAACGGCCUACCGGAUCAGUUGCUGGGUCAUCAUCCUCUUCGGUAGCUAUGCGCCCCACGGGGCAGGGUAUAUCUACACCAGCAGGCCGCGGUAGAGGCCGUGGCGGAGUCUCUAGUUCUAGCGGUCCUUCGAAUCGCCUUUAUUCUUUGGCCACCCGGCAGGAUCAGGAGGCGUCUCCAGAUGGGAUCACAGGUAACCUAAUUUCCUUAUUUACCUAUGUUGGUUAAUCAAUAAACUAUGUGCAGUAGCAGGAAAAAAAAAAGAAGGGAAACUCCGCCCUAAGAUAUUCAUAAAACCCCCAUAGGAUCAGUUUAACAUUCGGGGACGAAUGUUCUAAAGGGGGGAAGAAUGUUAUGACCCGUAUUUUUCACAUUAGGACAAUUUGGGGAUAAUGGUAAUAAGUCAAGGGCAAGGCUAUGGUUGACCUUGUUGGAUACAAAAUUCUUAUGACUAAAUUGAAAUGUGGAAAUAUUGGAAAUUUAUUAAGGGUAAAAAUUGAAAUUUCUCAUGUGGAAAUACCAUAAAAGAUUAAGGACAAAAUUGGAAUUACUCAUGUGGAAAUACCAUAAAAGGUUAGGGGUAAAAUUGGAAUUUCACAUGUGGAAAUACCAUAAAAGGUUAGGGAUAAAAUUGGAAUUUCACAUGUGGAAAUACUAUAAAAGGUUAAGGGCAAAGGUGGAAUUUCAACUUGGAAAUAUUAGGAAAGGUGAGGGGCAAAAUGGAAAUUUCACAUGGGAGCCUUAGUCAUAAAAUCCUAGAAUUCUCUACACAAUUUGAGAAAGAAGAAGAGCAAAGGAAAGAAGAGAAAUCAAGAGAGAAAAUCGGACAAGAAGACCAAAAAAUUACCCCUUCAAAUUUCAUCCCAAAAAUUAUAAUUUUCUAGUAUUCCUACUAAGUCAAGGGUGCUCUACAACAUGGUGUAGUUUUUUUGGAAGAUAGGAGGCUUGUUUGGUUGAUUUGAAGCUUUGGUAAAGUGAAGAAGUUGGAAGGAAAAGGGGAGAUGCUGCCGAAAUUUUUGUAGACAAGUAUUGGAAAAAUUGAGUUCUUAAAGUCUUAUGAAUAGUAAUUGGUAAAUGUGACCAAUUGUAGAUUUUGGAGGAAACGGGAAUUGAAUUUGGACAACCGUAAAACGUCAAAAAGGUACCGAAGUUCGAUUUGCUGAUCCACCUGUUUAGGAUAUUUGCUGCGUCGUUGAUAGUGCUCCCUUGUUCGGAGCUUGUAUUUUGGUACUGACUUUAUCUCUGUAUAUUUAGAUAUGUUGGUCAGGGGUACGACGGGGCCCUAUCCCGUCGUAUGACUAUGCUAUCAUCUGUAGAGGUCUGUAGACAGAGUUAUGUUGUGGGUUUUGUAUAUAUGGUUUGGAUUUUUGUGUGUUUUGUGACAACCUUUCAACUCUCGUGCGUAUAUCUACUUUUAUGAUAUAUUUAGCAAUUUCUACUAA